AUGGGUAUCACGCUAUAUACUGAAGGCACACCCAAUGGCCUAAAAGCCUCUAUCGCCUUGGAGGAGCUGGGUCUCGAAUACAAGGUCGUGACCCUGGACUUCAAUUUGCACGAGCAAAAGGAACCCUGGUUCUUGGAGAUCAACCCCAACGGUCGCAUUCCCGCUCUCACCGAUAAGGGUGAGGGCGGCCGCGAGACCACGAUCUUUGAAAGUGGUGCUAUUCUCUUGUAUCUUGUCGCCACCUAUGAUAAAGAUAACAAGAUCUCUUACCCUUAUGGUACCAAGGAGCACUGGGAGACUAUCAAUUGGCUCAUGUGGCAGAUGGGCGGCCUCGGUCCCAUGCAGGGUCAGGCCAAUCAUUUUACUCGUUUUGCCCCAGAGAAGCUCAAGUAUCCCAUCGACCGUUAUGUCAAUGAGACACAUCGUCUUUAUCGAAUUUUGGAUCGCCAGCUCGCGAAGAACGGUACCGGAUAUGUUGUGGGUGACCGUGUCACAGUUGCGGAUAUAGCAGUCUGGCCGUGGAUCGCCGCACACAACUUUUCUGGGAUAACUUCGAUUGCACAGUAUACCGAGAUUGUGAAAUGGUUUGAGAAUCUUCUCCAGAGACCCGGAUUCGAGGCCGGCCGCAAUGUGCCACGUCCUCAUUUCCAUAUCACCUUGAACGAGCUCCCCGAGGAAGAGCUCGACAAGAUCGCCGAACAUGGCAAGAAGUGGCAGGACGAGGCCCGAGAGAGAGAAACUUUUGUCGAAUAACCAUACGAAAUGCGAUCAAAAGAUACGAGUCUAGUCCAG